AUGGCACUCAUCAUCAAGACCACAAUCAUCGCUGUUUUCUUGGUUCUUGGAGUCAUAUCUUCCACAUCCAUAGGUUACGUUGGUGCAAUCGGCACGGAGGACACCCCUGCUCCCAAGCCAAAACCAGGGAUGCCGUGCUUCCACGCCGGAGGCUCACAGUACCCGUGUAAUGCGGAUGGGUGCUGCAGGUUAUGCGAGCACGAACACCACAGGAGCGAUAAGGCCUACUGUAAAAGUGUUGGGCCUCCAGGGGAGUGCUGCUGCCCAAAUGAAUAG